AGCCUUAAGACCUUGUGGAUGGAAGACCUCUUUUGCUUCUACAUUCAUGUCAGAAUGGCCUAGGCUGGUCUCUUGCUCUACGGUUCCUAUCACAAGGACUCUACAGCGAUGUAUCAGAAUUUUGCCGUCAGUGCUAGUGGACUAUCCAGAUGCCUGUAAACCUGCAGAGGAGAUAUAGAACGUGAUAUCUCGAACUGGACUAAAGCAACCUGUUGAUAUUUUUAUUUAUACUUUUUUUUAUUUUUGUAUUUGACUUAAAGUGCCAUGAAAAAAUUUGCAUAUUGCAAGGUGGUCCUCGCCACCUCUUUGGUUUGGGUCCUUCUGGAUAUGUUUCUGUUGCUGUACUUCAGUGAAUGCAACAAAUGUGAUGAGAAGAAAGAACGAGGCCUGCCUGCUGGAGAUGUUCCAGAACCCAUCCAAAAACCACAUGAAGGACCUGGAGAGAUGGGAAAACCUGUGGUCAUUCCGAAAGAGGAGCAAGAAAAAAUGAAAGAAAUGUUUAAAAUAAAUCAAUUUAAUUUAAUGGCAAGUGAAAUGAUUGCACUCAACAGAUCUUUACCUGAUGUCAGGUUAGAAGGGUGUAAAACAAAGGUGUACGUGGACAACCUUCCCACCACGAGCGUUGUGAUUGUCUUUCACAACGAGGCCUGGAGCACGCUCCUGCGCACUGUCCACAGCGUGAUAAACCGCUCCCCGCGGCACAUGCUGGAGGAGAUCGUCCUCGUCGAUGAUGCCAGUGAGAGAGAUUUCUUGAAAAGACCACUGGAAAAUUAUGUGAAAAAAUUAAAAGUACCAGUUCAUGUGAUUCGAAUGGAACAGCGUUCUGGAUUGAUUAGAGCCAGAUUAAAGGGGGCUGCUGCUUCAAAAGGCCAGGUCAUCACCUUCUUAGAUGCUCAUUGUGAAUGUACAGUAGGCUGGCUUGAACCUCUGCUGGCAAGGAUCAAAGCUGACAGGAGAACAGUAGUGUGUCCUAUCAUUGACGUAAUUAGCGACGACACCUUUGAAUAUAUGGCAGGUUCUGACAUGACCUAUGGUGGAUUCAACUGGAAACUGAAUUUUCGUUGGUAUCCUGUUCCUCAGAGAGAGAUGGAUCGACGGAAAGGAGAUCGAACCCUUCCUGUUAGGACACCUACAAUGGCAGGAGGUCUUUUUUCAAUAGACAGAGAUUACUUCCAGGAAAUUGGAACAUACGAUGCUGGAAUGGAUAUUUGGGGCGGAGAAAACUUAGAAAUUUCUUUCAGGAUCUGGCAGUGUGGUGGCACUUUGGAAAUUGUAACGUGUUCACAUGUUGGGCAUGUGUUCAGAAAAGCAACACCAUACACUUUUCCAGGAGGUACAGGGCAGAUAAUCAACAAAAAUAACAGACGGCUUGCAGAAGUCUGGAUGGAUGAAUUCAAAAACUUUUUUUACAUCAUUUCCCCAGGAGUUACUAAGGUUGAUUAUGGGGACAUAUCAUCACGACUUGGACUAAGACGCAAGCUCCAGUGCAAGCCUUUCUCCUGGUACCUGGAGAAUGUUUAUCCUGAUUCCCAAAUUCCACGCCAUUACUUUUCUCUAGGAGAGAUUAGAAAUGUGGAGACAAAUCAAUGUCUGGAUAAUAUGGCAAGAAAAGAAAAUGAGAAAGUUGGAAUCUUUAACUGCCAUGGAAUGGGUGGCAAUCAGGUGUUCUCAUAUACUGCCAACAAAGAAAUUCGAACAGACGAUUUGUGUUUAGAUGUAUCCAAACUUAAUGGCCCAGUAACGAUGCUCAAGUGCCACCAUCUAAAAGGAAAUCAACUUUGGGAAUAUGAUCCAGUGGUAAGUCUUCUAAUGACUUGUGACAUUAAUAUGAGACAACUUGGGUUUUUAUUGAGUCUACAGAGCAACAUAUUCCAGUGUGGGAGCAUUAUAUGA